GGAGGCUCUCUUGACCUCCCUAGGCAGGGUUGGUCCCCUCCUCUGGACUCCCAGAGCCCUGUAGGGCUCCCUCAUUCCAGCCUUGAUCACUGUGCUUCCUUCAUCACAGCCUGACCACUCUGGGCUGACUUUUUUCUUGUUUUUAGAGAUGGGGUCUCAUGCUUUCUCCCAGGCAUAGCUCACUGCAGCCUCAAACUCCUGGGCUCAAGCAAUCCUCUGACCUCAGCCUCCCGAGUAGCUGGGACAACAGGCGUGGUGUGUCAGCCUCCCCGUUAGACUGGAGUCCCAUGAAUGCAUGGCACAUGACAGUCUAAUCAUUACUGCAUCGCCAGGAACACCCAGCGAGGGGUCGACACAAAGUGAGCAUUGAACAAAGAUUUGGUGAGUAGCUCAGGAUUCCCACUCUGUCCACGUAGGCACAGGGGACACCUGACCCUUCGGUGUCCACUGUUCCCACUCCAAGGCACACGACUUGGCAAAUGGAGAAGGAAUUUGGAUUGCAGUUUGCCCCUUGGUCCGUCAGCCGCGCGCUCUGAUGCAGUGCACAACCUUAGCUGCAGUGUGCAAUGUGGGGCGACUCCUCGGCCUGCGAGCAGAGAUGAGAGUUCAGAUUCCUCCAACAUAGGGAACCAGCCUUCCAGGAGGACGAGAAGGAAGGAAUGAGGGGAAGAGAGGACUACCUCCACCCUUUCCAACCCCUUGGUCUCCGGGGUCUGGAAGCACUGGGCUCCACCCUCUCCGAACUAACACCUGGCGGUUGGGCGUGCCUCAGUUUCCCGGAGGCGGGGCGUUCCUCUGUCGCCGCCGCCCCCGCCGCCCCUUUUUCCUCUUCCUCUUGGGGCAUCUACGGCCGCGCCUCUAGCACUCCCGGAACUGAAACUAGGCGCCAGACGGUCCGGAGGCGGGGGCCACGUCAGCGGGGACACCCCGGGCUCGCGGGGUCCCGGCGGGCGCCAUGCGGAGGGGUGCGCUCCUGGCGGGCGCCCUGGCCGCGUACACCGCGUACCUGGUGCUGGGCGCGCUGCUGGUGGCGCGGCUGGAGGGGCCGCACGAAGCCCGGCUCCGAGCCGAGCUGGGGACGCUGAGGGCGCAGCUGCUGCAGCGCAGCCCGUGUGUGGCGCCCCCGGCCCUGGACGACUUUGUGGAGAGGGUGCUGGCGGCCGGACGGCUGGGGCGCGUCGUGCUCGCCAACGCUUCUGGGUCCGCCAACGCCUCGGACCCCGCCUGGGACUUCGCCUCUGCUCUCUUCUUCGCCAGCACGCUGGUCACCACCGUGGGCUAUGGGUACACGACGCCACUGACUGAUGCAGGCAAGGCCUUCUCCAUCGCCUUCGCGAUCCUGGGCGUCCCGACCACCAUGCUGCUGCUGACCGCCUCGGCCCAGCGCCUGUCGCUGCUGCUGACUCAUGCGCCCCUGUCUUGGCUGAGCAUGCGCUGGGGCUGGGACCCCCGGCGGGCAGCCUGCUGGCACUUGGUGGCCCUGCUGGGGGUUGUGGUGACCAUCUGCUUUCUGGUGCCUGCGGUGAUCUUCGCCCACCUCGAGGAGGCCUGGAGUUUCCUGGAUGCCUUCUACUUCUGCUUCAUCUCUCUAUCCACCAUCGGCCUGGGCGACUACGUGCCUGGAGAGGCCCCUGGCCAGCCGUACCGGGCCCUCUACAAGGUGCUGGUCACAGUCUACCUCUUCCUGGGCCUGGUGGCCAUGGUGCUGGUGCUGCAGACCUUCCGCCACGUGUCCGACCUCCACGGCCUCACGGAGCUCAUCCUGCUGCCCGCUCCAUGCCCCGCCAACUUCAGGGAGGAUGAAGACGAUCGGGUGGACAUCCUGGGCCCCCAGCUGGCGUCGCACCAGCAACUCUCUGCCAGCUCCCACACCGACUACGCCUCCAUCCCCAGGUAGCUGGGGCAGGCUCUGCCAGGCAUGGGUGUGCCUGGCCUGGAACUGAGGGGCCCUGGUGACCAGAGCUGGCUGUACGGGAAUGUCCACGAGCACACGCAGGUGAUCCCAAGGCCUUGCCGCCCACCGUCUCACCUUUGUUUCCCAGCAUCCAGCUGUGAUGUGGGGGCGGCACUCCCUGUGCCUGUGUCCCAGGCUCCGCUGGGCACCGACUUGACCUCGCUGUCCGUCCUUUCUCUCAUCCUCCUUACACUGUGCCUCUCUGACUCUCUGGCGUUCUCGCUGUCUGUCUUUCCCUCUUGCUGUCUGUUUCUCUCUUCCAUGUUCCAUCUGUGUCUCUCAAUUAGUCACUCAUCAAUUGCCAAUUCUAGGCUCUGGGCUCGGACCUCAUUUCAGGCACCAGAUCUGUUACUACAUCCUGAACAAGUGACUGCCCCUCUCUGAGCCUUGAUUUCCUCAGUUGACAAACGGGAAGGAUAGAUGAACUCAUCCCUGAACCUCUCCUGUGUGCUGGCCCUGUGCUAGACAGUGCUGGAGACAUAGCUGACGGUGGGGACCUGCUCUCAUGGGGCUCGCAGUCCAGUGAGGUGGACAGAUCUGUCCCCAGACAGUGAUGGCCCCACAUGGGCAGGAUUUAAUGGAGGAGGUGAGGUGAUGAAAGCGCAGCCAGAGUGGUCAGGGCUGAAGUCUGAGAAGCAUAGGAACUAGGCCCAGUCGAGCUUGGAAGGUCAGGGAGGACUUCCUGGAGGAAGUGACGGUUGAACUAAUACCUGAAAUACGAGAAGUAGGCAGGAAGAAGUCGGACCAGACUCAUUUUUCUCAGGCGUCUCCAGGGAGCAGGACCCAUGGAGGGUGCCCUGGUGGUGUAGGCGGAAUCUUCCCCAGCAGCUUGGAAGGCAGGAAAACUGAUACAGGACCCCAGUCCAGAUCUGAAUGGUGUGGGAGGCGCUGCCCUUAGCCAUGACACCAUUGUAAGAGCUGUCCCCUUUUGUAUGUUGUGCCCUGGAGUCAGCCUGCUUGAGCUCAAAUCCCAACGCAGCCGCCGCUGAGUCUGGCUUGUGUCCUUGGGCAGUCACUCUACCUCUCUGCUUUUGUUUCCUUCUCUGUAAAAUGGUGAUCAUCAUAAUACGACUUCAAAAG